AUGCAGUGGAAGACCGUUGCCCUCGCGCUCCUCGCGCAGGGCGUAGCCGCCCAACAGAUGAUCCGCUUCGGGUGCUCGCAGCUCGUGAUCGAGCGGCUCGACCCCCUCGUGAACCCAGGAGUGACGCCGUCGCCGCACGUCCACCAGAUCGUCGGCGGCAACUCCUUCAACGCCAGCAUGGACCCCGCCGACCUCGACCUCGUGCGAGACUCGACUUGCACAAGCUGCACCUACUCGGAGGACUUCUCCAACUACUGGACCGCGGUCCUCUACUUCCGCGCCCGGAACGGAACCUACAAGCGCGUGCCCCAGUUCCCCAACGUCGGGCUCCGCGCCGACGGCGGCAUCACGGUCUACUACAUCCCGCCGUACGACGGCAAGACGACCGUGACGGCCUUCAAGCCCGGCUUCCGGAUGCUCGUCGGUGACGCGGGGCUGCGCAAGGCGGAGGGCAUGCAGCGCCAGCUGUGCCACCGCUGCUACACCACCGUCGAUGGUGCCGGGCCUGCCGGUUCCUCGGGCGGUGCGCCCUGCACCGGAUCCGACACGCAGAGCUUGCCGCCUGAGCCAUGCAAGGGCGGCAUUCGGACCACCAUCACCUUCCCGACAUGCUGGGAUGGCAUAAACUUGGAUAGCCCGGACCACAAGUCCCACGUCGCUUACCCGAAGCAGGGUUCCUUCGAGUCUGUCGGCACAUGCCCUGAAACCCACCCCAUCAGAUUGCCCCAGCUGAUGUACGAGGUCAUGUGGGAUACAACACAAUUCAACGACCCCGAACUCUGGCCCGAAGAUGGGUCUCAGCCCUUCUACUGGAGCACCGACGACGGAACCGGCUUCUCCCAACACGGCGACUACAUCUUCGGCUGGAAAGACGACUCGCUGCAGCGCGCCCUCGACGCGCGGUGCAACAAUGCCGUGUGUGCGCAGCUAAAGGUGCAGAGCUCGGAGGACGCGCUCAGGUGCACCAAGGCGCAGACGGCUGUGGAGGAUGUGGAUGGAUGGCUGGAGAAAAUCCCGGGUGCCAUGUAGGUUGGACAGGUGGUUCGAUGAAGCGAGGCUGUUGCACCGUCACGUAGAGAUUGUUUACCUAAAUUUAUAUUACGGUAAUGGGGCAGCGCUGUGAGUUAAGGGGAGU